AUGUUUAAUACGCUAACCAAACGAUCAGGCCUAGCGUGGUGCCUUAUAGCCAUUCUUUCUUUCGUUCAAGUAGUCGCUGCAGUCGACUACAUAUCAUUCAACAGCAGCAGUGCAGGUGUUGAGAACAAGACUGAUUUGGCCAUCGGUGAAGGUUUAGUUCACGUGUCCAGCAACGGUUCAGACAUUGUAAAUUUAGCCGACGGGGUAAACGUCACCGAUGUUUUUGAGGAUUUUGCUAACACUGACAUCGUUUUGAGAGGUAACGAGUCCGUUUACGCCAACUUGACCAAAAAAUAUGUUGGUGAUAACGAUACCAUCUCGGAAGACCACCCAUUGCAUAAGAGAUGUUUGGUAAUGCAUGUGGUUGGUGGAUGGUUGUGUUCUUGGGACGAGUAUGUUACCAUUGAACAAGGUUGUUGGUGGUCCCCAUGGUACCCCAUCUCCCACUGUGGUUGGGGGAACCCUUUCAGAAGGCCAAUCAGUCUAGGAUGGGGUUAUUCUUACUCCUGCAGCGGCUUCAGAAACGAUUUUGACGACAAUAUCCUACGGGGCUGCUUGUCCUACCCAUUUGCCAAGACCAUUACCCGUGGUGGUACUUACUCUUGUCCUGUGGAUCACGGUAAAGUCGGCCAAAUUUGGUACCAACAAAACGUUGCCUAUGCUAAGAUCCAGCACAGGAAAUGUUCGAAGGGUCUGUUCGGUAACACAUGCUCCUCGUGGAGUGUAGUCCAACAUGUGGACGCUCCAAGAACUGGUGACGAAAAUUACAGACUUGGUUGUUCUACUGGAUCGUCCAGUAAAUACUGUUAG